AUGGAUACAGAAGAGGAUGAAAUCGACGAGUGCAGUUUAGCAAUUUCAAAAGAGUUCAAAUUUUCGUUGCUUUGCGAAUAUUUACAAUGCAUCAAAAAUGUUCCGAAACAAGCAAAGACGUCAAGACGACGUAUUUUCACGUCGCUGCUUGAGAAAUGGUCAUCGUACAAUCGCAGUCAAAGUCAAACAACCGAAUCGACAUCCAACUAUACAGCGAGUUUCUAUCCAGCCUUGAGACUCAUCAUUAAUGCAUACGAUAAUCGCAAGUUCAACAUGAAAUCGAAGAAACUGAUCGCUAAAGUAUGUAAGGUGUUGCUGAUUCCUGAUGAAACCAAGAAAGAGUUGCUGAAAAUUGAUUCGACGGUAAUUUUGCAAAAUUUUUGUUUCAUCUCACAACUUUUUACUUGA